AUGAUAGGCGGUAUUCGCUCGCCAAUCUCAACCACCGUCCAGUUCGCGGACGAGACGGAGGACUUCACGCCUCAACUCGAGGUUGUCGAAUCCAACGAGACUUACGGCAAAUUCCAAAUCGCAGGAAUUGAGCGCGGUUGGGGCACGACUCUGGGCAACGGUCUCCGGAGAGUUCUCCUCGGCGCAAUGCCAGGGACUGCGAUUACCUCGGCUCGCAUCGUCGGGCAGCAGCAUGAAUACGGCUCAGUUCCGAGCAUGCGGGAGGGGAUUGGUGAAUUCCUCAUCAACGCCAAAGGCAUCCGAAUCAGGGCGCGCGCGGAGACGACGCAAAAGGUACUCACGCUUUAUGCAUCCGGUGAAGGUGAGGUCGUGGCCGGCGACAUCAAGCCACAUAGCGUCUUCGAGAUCGUAAACCCCGAGCACCACUUGGCCACGCUCGACAGCGAUGACGGUGAACUCGUCGUCACGUUUGGCGUCGAGAAGGGCGAAGGUUACUUAGCCUUCGACCACGAAGACACUCCAGGUCACGGCGUGCUUCCGGUCGAUGCCGUUUUUACACCGGUUUUGAAGGCCACCUAUGAAGUUGAAGGCAUGUCUGGACGUCUGUCUGGGCGAGACCUUUUGACGAUCGAGAUCUGGACCGACCGUACGGUUGAACCGAUCGACGCUCUGCGAACUGCUGCGGACAUUUUCAAGUCCAAGCUCGACAUGGUUACCGAGCAGCCGGAAUCUGAAGACCAACCGGCAUCCGACGCAAUGGCCGAGUUGUUGGAGACCGAGAUCAAGGAUCUGGGAGAUCAACUGAGCUCGCGGAUCAUCAAUGCGCUUUCGCGUUACCCCAUCCGGACGUUGGGCGAGUUAGUGCGCUUCACGCCAGACACAUUGAAACAAGAGGUGCGGAACUUCGGAGAAGUCUCGUUCCGAGAGCUCCGCGACUUCAUGGUUGCCAAAGAGCUUUGGCCGCCUGAAGACGAAGAAGAUACAGAAGAGCAAAUCUAA